GUGGCAGCAGUGCCUGGAUCGUUUUAUUCGCGUUUGUUUCCCCGAGCAUCAAUUCAUUGCUUUAAUUCUUCAGUCUCACUGCAUUGGCUAUCCGAGUCUCCCAAUGGUGUAGCCAACAAGGGGAGGAUACUAUAUUAUGGUGGUGGGCCAGACGUUCUAAAUGCUUAUAUUGCACAGUUCAGGUUGGACAUGAUGGCAUUUCUAAGUGGAAGGGCAGAGGAACUAGUGACCGGAGGACUGCUGAUUCUUCAGUUCUUGUGUCGCCCUAAAUGCAUGGCACCCGAUGCCGCUCGCUAUGAUAUCGUGAUCAGCUUUGUUGAGCCUGUUCUUCGAGAAUUUGUUAUGGAGUUUGAUUUGAAGAGUAAAGUGAAGGAAGAGGAGCUGGAUUCAUUCCAAAUUCCAUUGUUUGCUCCAAGCAUCGAAGAGUUCAAAGAAGUGGUAGAGAUGAACGGGUGCUUUACCGUCCAUGUGGCAGAACAUGUGAAUCAAGGGUGGGGAUUGAAAGGGGGAGGGGAUGAUGGGACUGAGUCUGAUCUCGCACAGCUAGCACAAAGCAUAAGCAUUAGCUCGAGGGCAGCUUGUGAGAAAAUGUUGAGCGACCAUUUUGGCAGCAACAUCUUGGAUGGGCUUCUCCAAAGGUUCCCGAAUAAAGUGUACCAACACUUCUCUGCUCUAAUUCCUUCCAUACCUUCACCUCCGCCAACUGCAUUCUUUGUUCUGCAAAAGAAGCCACAUUCUCCUGCCUAG